GGCGGAGGAUGGAGCGGACAGCGGCGGUGGCGCGUCGGUGCGGGACGCUUCGCCUCCAUUAGUUCUCCUCUUCUUCAGAAUGUAAAUCCAACGAGCUUCUGCUGCUUUUUUAUUUGUCUACAACGAGGAGCCGCUCCGCGCGCACCGCGCCGUGCAUAAAACCUCGUGCGUAAAACCUCGCGGCUCACCUUUACGCACGGUUCCGCGUGAUGUUCCCCGAGGUGAGCGACGCCAACCUGACGACCAACGUCAGCGGACCGCCGUUCUCUCUGGAGCACGACUGGAGCGACACGACGCACGAGCGUCUGUCGCGCGGCGGCCACCGCGUGGUGUCGGUGUUCCUGGGCUCCAUCAUGGUGUUCGGCUUCCUCAACAACCUGCUGGUCCUGGUCCUGUUCUGCCGCUUCAAGACCCUGCGGACCCCCGUCAACAUGCUGCUGCUCAACAUCAGCGUCAGCGACAUGCUGGUCUGCGUGUGCGGCACGACGCUCAGCUUCGCGUCCAGUCUGCGCAGCCGCUGGCUGUACGGCCGCAGCGGCUGCAUGUGGUACGGCUUCAUCAACUCGUGCUUCGGCAUCGUGUCUCUGGUCUCUCUGGCCGUCCUGUCCUACGAGCGCUACAGCACCCUGAUGGUGUACAACAAGCAGGUGUCGGACUACAGGAAGCCCCUGCUGGCGGUGGGGGGGUCUUGGCUGUACUCGGUGGUCUGGACGGUGCCCCCCUUACUGGGCUGGAGCAGUUACGGUCUGGAGGGAGCCGGGACCAGCUGCUCUGUGACGUGGACGGAGAGGUCGUCCGGCUCUCACUCGUACAUCAUCUGUCUGUUUGUCUUCUGUCUGGGCGUCCCGGUCCUCGUCAUGGUGUACUGCUACGGACGCCUGCUGUACGCCGUCAAACAGGUGGGUCGUAUCAGGCCGACGGCGGCUCGUCGCAGAGAGUUCCACAUCCUGUUCAUGGUCGUCACCACGGUGGUGUGUUACCUGCUCUGCUGGAUGCCGUACGGCGUCGUCGCCAUGAUGGCCACCUUCGGACAGCCGGGAGUCGUCAGCCCCAUCACCGCCGUGGUCCCCUCCAUCCUCGCCAAGAGCAGCACCGUCAUUAACCCCGUCAUCUACAUCCUCAUGAACAAACAGUUCUACCGCUGCUUCCUGAUUCUGUUCCACUGUGAACAUCAGCUGAUGGAGAACGUUCACUCCUCGAUGCCCUCAAAGACCACCGUGGUGCAGCUCCACCGGCGGGUCGGCGACAGCAGCCCGAGACACCACGACCACGCCAACGACCACGCCAACGGACCCGGUGAGGUCCACGUGGAGGCAAACAGCGCCGCCGCAUCAGACAAAACACUCAACGUUGAUCCACAUGACACACCCACAUGAUGUCAGCGUGAUGUCACCCAGUCAGUCAGCGACCGUACAGACUCACUACGUCGUGUGCAGAUUUAAGGACUAUAAUAAUAAUAUAAUAAUAUAAUAAGUCAGUGUGAGGCAGUAAAACAGCACACUGACUCAUCCUGCGGGCUUAUUUUUUUCCGCCUUGUUC